AUGAUCACACAACGAUUCCUUCUUCUUUCCUUGCUUCUUGGUUCUUUAGUGCUCAUAUCAAACAAGGUGAAUGAGAAGGUGCCCGAACCGUAUAUGGAUGAGAUAUUUCAUAUUCCUCAAGCCAUGAAAUAUGUUCAGAACAAAUUCUCGGAAUGGGAUGACAAGAUCACAACACUUCCAGGCUUAUAUUUAUUUUCAUAUUUAAUUGAACAUGUGGGAAUGAAUGUUGGAUUUUUCAAAGAGUUCAUGGGCACAAGUGGCUCUUUUCGAAGUAUAAACGGACUGUUUUUAGUUGCAUUGUUUUUAUUAUUCGGAAAGAUUUUACAUAAUGAUUUGAGAGCUUUCCGAUUAGUAUUGUUUCCUCUCCUGUACUUUUUUGCAUUUCUCUAUUACACAGAUGUUGGGUCAUGUUUGUUUGUAUGCAUGUCUUUUUAUUUCUCUAGAAAAGAGCAAAUAACAACAAGCGGAAUUUGUGCCUUGAUCGCAGUUCUCUUUCGACAAAGUAAUAUUAUUUGGGCUUUUUGGAUUGUGGUAUCAUAUCUAGUAGAACAAUUAGAAAAAAGAGAAAAUUUUGAAGAACAAAGCUUAAUUUCACAGAUUUGGAUAUUUAUCAAAGCGAUUUUUGCUAAUUUUUCGAGAAUUUUGAUUCAAUUUUGGAGUUUCGUACUGUUGGCUAUCAUUUUUAUUUUAUUUGUUGUGUGGAAUGGAGGAUUAACUGUGGGAGAUAAGUCAAACCAUAUUGCCAUCACUCAUGUUUCUCAAUUCUUUUACUUUUUUGUAUUUUCUUGUGUUAUGGAGCCAGGCUUACUCAUUCAUAGAUGUUUGAAAUGGAAGCAAGAAGUUAAAAAUUGGAAAGGCUUCACUUUAAGUUUGAUAAUUCUGACACCUCUAUGUGCAGCCCUCUCUUACUAUUUUAGCUAUGUGCACAUUUUCAUGUUGAGUGACAACCGGCAUUACAUUUUCUAUUUAUGGAGAAAGUUUUUUAAAAUUCAUAUCAGUCCCACCAUUCAGCUGAAAUAUUGCAUUAUAUAUUCUCCAAUUUAUGUAGCUUGCCUAUUAUUGAUUUAUUCAGAGAUCAGAAAACAGAGGUCCUUGAUAUGGACAAUAGUAUUCAUUUGUUGCACUGCACUUAACCUUAUUCCUCUGCCCCUUGUAGAAUUUAGGUACUUUAUUGUACCAUUCCUGCUUAUGAAUUUGAAUCUCAAGCAUGUCGACUCGUCAUUAGAAAUCAAACACAUGCAUACUAGAGUGGAUAUCAUCAACAUGGUUUGGUAUCUACUAAUUAAUGGCAUUACCAUUUACAUAUUCCUUUACAAACCAUUUACAGGACCUGAUGGAAAUGAAGCCAGAUUUAUGUGGUGA